AUGCCUGGUCAGCCAUGCCACGGAUUCAUAAAACGCACAGCUUUCCCCGAGACAGACAACUCUCCAUACCUAAUAAUUCCAGCAUUCUCCUGCAGCCAAGGAACUCAACAUGGGCGCCACAUUCUCUCAGUACUGGGCCCCGCCGCUAAUCACAGUUGGCUUGAUUGGUCUUCGCUCAGCAGGAAAACAACCAUCGUGCAUACAUUGAGCGGAAAUCCAGAUCCAGUGACACCAUCCGUUGAGACCGUCGAGAUCACCAACGUGUUUCAAGGAAGCCAACAGUUCAAACUCUUCGACUAUGCUGGAAAUCCGCACUGGAGACCUUGUUGGAGAAGUUUCAUGUCCAGGUUACAAGCCGUUGUGUUUGUCAUCGAUAGCACAGACAAUUAUGCGCUACAGGAAGCAAGGACGGAAUUGGCUGGGUUGUUGAAGGAAGAUAUGCUUGAGCAGCAGCCAUUUCUGGUGCUUGCUAACAAGCAAGAUGAUUCGGUGAGAGGCAUUCUGACAGGUGCCAUCUUGGGAACUAACAGGCGACAGAAAGCCAUGAGCGUCGCAAAAUUGGUUGAGUAUCUUGAUAUACAACAAUAUCUUGACAAACCAUCGAAGUGCCGUGUUCAGCCUGCGAGCGCCUCGAUCGGGGAAGGGCUGGCUGCGGGUCUGGAAUGGGUGCGAGACGUCUUGAGAGAGCAUCGCAACUGA